AUGCCUAUGAAACUCGAAGGAAGCUGCCAAUGUGGCGGUAUUGAAUUCAACCUCCAAUCACAAACUCCAGUACCAUACCAGCUCUGUGCCUGCAGCAUCUGCCGUAAAGUAGGCGGACACCUCGGCGCUGUGAACUUGGGCGGAAUCGCAGACAGCCUGAAUAUCACCAAGGGCAAAGACCUCAUCAAAAAAUACACGGCGAUCAAAGACCGCGGCACACCAGAUGAGCAACUCUGUGAGUCCGAGCGCAGCUUCUGCUCGAAUUGCAGUACUAUGCUUUGGGUAUGGGAUCACCACUGGCCAGAACUAAUUCAUCCAUUUGCAUCGGCAAUUGAUACAGAGUUGCCGGUGCCGGAUGAGAUGGUUUGUAUUAUGGAUGAUUUUAAGCCGGCUUGGGCACGGUGGCCGGAAGGGAAGAAGAGUGUGCAUGAGGUUUAUGGAAAGGACAGUCUUGAGGGGUGGCAUAAGAAGCAUGGUCUUUUUGUUGAGUAG